AUGGUGCUGACAUGCCGGGUGUGCCUGGAAGACAACCCCAUCAAGCCCCUGCCCUGCUGCAAGAAGGUGGUGUGCGAGAAGUGCCUGAAAAUCUACCCGAGUGCCCAGGUACAGGUUGGCCAAGUAGAAAUCAAAUGUCUUAUCACAGAGUGUUUUGAGUUCCUAGAAGAAACAACUGUUUUCUACAAUUUAACCCAUGGAGACUCCAUCCAGUAUAAGUAUUUCUUGGAACUUGGCUGGAUUGACUCCAGCACCAAGCCGUGUCCUCGGUGCAAGCACUUUACAACCUUUAAGAAAAAAGGACAUAUUCCCACCCCCUCCAGAUCAGAAAGCAAAUACAAAAUCCAGUGCCCCACUUGCCAGUUCAUCUGGUGUUUUAAGUGCCACUGUCCUUGGCAUGAAGGUGUUAACUGUAAGGAGUACAAAAAAGGAGACAAAUUAUUACGUCACUGGGCAAGCAAAAUUGAGCAUGGGCAGGGGAAUGCCCACAAGUAUCCAAAGUGCAAGAUCCAUAUCCAAAGAACAGAAGGAUGUGACCACAUGAUGUGUUCACAGUGUAACACUAAUUUUUGUUACCGAUGUGGAGAGAGAUAUCGCCAGCUCUGUUUUUUCAGAGACCACACAUCAAACCUCAGUAUAUUUGGAUGCAAAUAUCACUACCUUCCAGAGAGACCUCAUUUGCAAAGAUUAGUGGAAGGGUCAAUCUGUGCUGGAAAAUUAUUCAUUGCACCUCUAAUCCUGGUUUUGGGAUCAGCACUAGGGGCCACAGCAGUUGUGAUCGGUUUAUUUGUAUUUUCUAUAUAUUGCCUUUGUAAAAAACAGAGAAAACUAUCAUAG